CAAACGCAAGAGUUUGUGCAUGUACCAAAACUGCCCUACAUCUGAAUGACAUUGAGAUAUUGAUCUGAACUUCUGUGUUAUGGGUGUAUAAGGGGGACACAUUAGUUAUGGUUAAACGGUUAUAAACCAGUGUGAAUGAAACAUGCAGUAGAGGAAAUAUACUGGGUAAAAUAACAUUCAUAUUUUUAUAGUAUCUGUAAUAAAACAUUUGUGUAUUCCGAGAUAUUUAGGAAAGAAGUAAAGAAACUGUUAUAUCUACCACUUGAAACUCCUUAAAAUUCUUGUAUUCAUAGUAGCUAGAUAAAGACAAAAAUAUUGGAUAAACAGAUAAUGUAACGUGUAUGUAUCACAGUGUAACAAAUCUGAAUGUACCCUGACCUGGCAUUUAUGAACAAAAGCACAGUUUUGUUUAAAGUUUUUAUAAUAGUUGCCAUACUGUAUACCUUUGCAAUUUUACUAACUUCCUUUUUUAGUUUUAGUUUGGCGGACAGAAUUGACAAAAAUGUGUUUGAAAGUAGUAUACAAAAAUACAUCCAUCCAGAGAAAACAUAUUUUUGGGGAUGUAUAACACUUUGUAGUUAUAUGAAGAGUUCCUUGGCAAAAACAAUGUUUUUUAUUGUGCAUUCCAAAUAAUAUCCAUUAAACUGCAGUUGGUUUGCGUUGCUUAAGUAGCUAAUGAGAACUUAAAAAAAAUACAGUUUACAAACACAAAAGACAAUAAAAACAUGAUUUUUAAUUUUUUCUAAAAGACGGAGUUAUCUGCUUUUGCAAAGAAACUCUUCAUAUAGGAUACUUUAUCAUUUUAUAAGUUUUGAUCGAUGAUAAUGUGCCAUUACAACCCUGCGUCUCAUUUUAUUAAGACACACAUGCACAAAUCUCAUUGGUUCUCACUGUUAAAAUCCCCAAAUAAAAUCCCGGCUCCUGCAAUCUGAUUGGUGCACUGGUCUGUCCAUUAACAUUCUAAUCCCGCCCUAACACAGCACGAAGAUCAGCAGAACAGCCCGACGCUCCGUCUCAUCUGCCUAAAAGCGACUUUUGGUGCUCGUGUGUGCUGAGGUGGAGACAUGCCGAUGAUAAAGAGAAACAUUGAGCCGAGGCAUCUGUGCAGAGGAGCUUUACCAGAAAACAUCAGCAAUGAGCUGGAGUGUGUGAACAACAACACUCUCUCUGCUAUAAUACGCCAACUCAGCAGCCUCAGUACACAUGCAGAGGACGUGUUCAGCGAGCUGUUUAAUGAAGCCAACACCUUCUACCUGCGAGCAAACUCUCUACAGGACCGCAUAGAUCGCCUUGCCAUCAAGGUCACCCAGCUGGACUCUAAUGUGGAGGAAGUUUCACUCCAGGACAUUAACAUGUGUAAAGCGUUCAAGAGCUCUACUGUUCAGGACCAACAGGUGGUGACAAAGAGCAGCGUUCCAAAGCCCAUGGCUGAGAUGUACAACACCUGUGAUAGACCACCACCCCUCAGCAUACUCUCUGCCUACAGGGAUGACCAUGUCGAUGGGAUGAAGUUCUACACGGAUCCCUCGUAUUUCUUUGACUUGUGGAAGGAAAAAAUGCUUCAGGACACAGAGCACAAGAGAAAAGAGAGGAGAAAACAGAGGGAGCAGAAGCAUUGUGUUGAUGGUACGCUGCCACGUGAGGUUAAAAAAGUGCGUAAAGCUCAUAACCGCAGACAGGAGUGGAACAUGAUGGCAUUUGAUAAGGAGCUGCGCCCGGACCACCGUCAUCAUCAUCCACUACACAGGGAUCUAUCCUCUGAUGGUGUGCUGUCUAUGGAGGGCAGACAACACGGUCCAAACAUCCCUGACCAUCCAGUUCCAGUAUGUCACGCUGGGGCGCGGGCCGGCCACGCAAACACACGGGUGGAGGCAUCAUCCGGUGCAAACGGAGGGAUGGAGCAUGAGUACCACAGCAUCGGAGGGCCUGUAGGAGUGGGUGUAGGUCCUGCUGUGGGUUAUAGAGUAACACACCCAAAUCCUCAACAGUACCUGUCUCCUGAAGGUGGAGUCAAUGCAAACAUCACUCUCCCACCGGUGGAUUACAGUCUGAUGGAGUAUUAUGCCAGUUCAAGGCCACUGUCUCCUCCUGUUGGUCCCAUCAUUCCAUCUCCACCUCCAGCAGGUCCAGCCCCUCUUCCUCCUGGACCAAUUGCCUCAGCCGCACGGUAUCCUCUUCCGCCUGUUCCGCACCCAGGACUGGUUUUAGCCCCUCCUCCUGAUGGUCCGCCCACGCCUCCGGCUCCUCCUGUACCUUCACGUCCAAAAGCAUCUGCGGAAGGACUGAGACCAAACCUGCAGCCUGUUACAGACGUCCGCAGCGACCUGCUGUCUGCGAUACGAAUGGGUAUCCAGCUGAAGAAAGUUCAGGAACAGCAGAAACAUCAGGCAGAAAGAGAGCCGGUGGGGAACGACGUGGCCAUGAUUCUGUCUCGCCGCAUCGCCGUGGACUACAGCGACUCCGAAGACGACUCAGACGUCGAUGUGAACGACUGGUCUGACUGAUAACGUCCAACUGAACACACAAAGAACUCACCAGUGCAAACUGUGCAUAAAUGACUGAAAUGCUUGAGCAAUAGAAAUAACGGGGCUUUGAACAAACUAAAGGGCCAAACAUCUGUUUUGUAGGACGCUAAUCUCUAAAAGAUCUGCAAAGGUAUUUAGUUGAAAUCUGCAAACCAAAAGCACAUUUUUCAAGAUGGUCGUUCAAGAGCUGCUCUCCUUUCUCCCUUAAUCCCUUAUAGCACAAUCAUUAUGUAAUAAUCUGUUCAUGUCCUUUAUAUUACCUUUAGUUUAAUUCUAUUUUUGCCCUUCAUCUUGUAACAAGAAAAUGUGUUUUCGUCUUUCCUGAGCCCAAGAAUCUUGUGGAGUUUGACUUUUUGUUCAUUUGUAGUUUCUGUCUAAUAAAAUCCUCC